AUGUCAGGCCUUAGCAUUGUGGCGAUGUUCAUCAUUUUCGGUACAUUAAUUGUUCGAGCCGUUCGACCCCUGGCAAAAGAUCACCAAGAGUUGGUGUCCGUCGAGCCGGAAGCCUUUCAGAGAGUGCCGAUGUUGAACUUUUCGGCAAGGCUGUCACGAUUCUCGCCACUAUUCGUAUGCACGAUGGCCAUCCACGUCGUGUACUUGGUAUAUUCUUUGUUGCAGGAGUUUCUAUCCAGCCACACUUUCGAAAGCGACCUGUUCAACUUUCCCCUAACACUCGUUGCUCUAAGCCACUCUGCCGGGGCCUUGCUUUCACUGGCUGCACUCUGUGCCAGCGGGCACCAAGUUGUUGCACCAGGCAUGAUCGGCACACUUCUUCCUGCUACUACAGACUUGGUGGCUACAUCCCUUCAGCACGCGGCGCUGUAUCUGAUGUUCUUCCCAGCGCAAUCUCUGAUGAAGACGCUGAAAGUGCUUCCUGUCAUGCUCGUUGGGAGCUGCUUGCAGAACCGCGUCUACAGCCGCCUGGACUACGUGGAAGGCUUUCUGCUGACCUGCUUUGUGGCAUUCUUUGUCUGGGACUUUCAGAUCCACGAAGCGGAAGAGGUUGAAAAGAAGAUGUCAAUGGCUGGGAUUUUUAUGAUGUUUGGUUACCUAACCGUGGACUCCUUUACCAGCAACUUUCAGGAUCACAUAUACCAGACGACUGGACUUGAGCCUGGCCACAUGCUCCUGGGAAUG